AAGACCCGGAUUGAGGUAAGAUGGCGGGCUCGCGGUGAGCGUCUGUCAGGGAUGAAAAUAGGUGUGCCUGGAAGCAGAUUUUAAAAGCAGUUUCUCCAGGUCAUCUUUCACACCACCGGAUAAGCAUCUUGAGUCACCAUGGUAUUAGCAGCAGUAAAACGGGUGAUAUCAAACAGAACUAUCUGGAAACAUUUAUUUCCGAUUCAAAACGGAGCUUUAUAUUGUGUUUGUCAUAAAUCUACGUAUUCGCCUCUUCCAGAUGACUAUAAUUGCAAAGUAGAGCUUGCUUUGACAUCUGAUGGCAGGACAAUAGUAUGCUACCACCCUUCUGUGGACAUUCCAUAUGAACAUACAAAACCUAUCCCACGUCCAGAUCCUGUGUGUAAUAAUGAAGAAACACAUGAUCAAGUGCUGAAAACCAGAUUAGAAGAAAAAACUGAACCCUUGGAGCAAGGACCUAUGAUAGAACAACUUAGCAAAAUGUUCUUUACUACUAAGCACCGUUGGUAUCCUCGUGGACAGUAUCAUAGACGUCGUAGGAAACUGGAUCCUCCAAAAGACAGAUGAUAUUGAGCUUUUCAGGAAUCAAAGAGAUGUUAUCUUGUGUCUUAUUUGCCAUUUGAGAAAAUGCAAUUGAGUGUAUUCACUGUUAUGUAGCAAAACAAUAAUAAAAUGUCUUUUUAUGUCUUAGAAGGUCUUAGAAUGUCAAUUUCUUUAUAUAUCUUAGGUAAUUGUGGAUUUGACAUUCUUAUAUCCGGAAACCUACUUCAUCUUAUCUUGCCUUUGAGAUAUUAAGGUAUACCAUUUAUUUUUAUGUAUCUAGUUGUGAUUAAGUAUUUUUACAUUAUCAGCCAAAUAUUGUUAGUAGUAUAAAUAUGAUUCAUAAAAAAAAAAUGUGCAUGGUUCUCCUUCACAGGGAGAUUUUUUAAUUGUCUUUGAAAAGAAACUCAUGGGGUCCACCCAGAAAAUAAAUGUUAUGAUGUUUUCUUUCUUUUGGCUUCUAGGAAAUAAAUUCUAGUUGACCCUUGAA